ACCAAGGAGCUUUGGAGAGGAGCUCCUAGGAACAUAAGGCUAAACAUAAACAUUGGAAGACUCUGAACAUUUCAGAGAGCCAGGAUUUAUUCCGUCAAUAUUUGAAAGAAAAGUACAUUUGUUCUUGACCACCAGGGCAACACUUUGAAGAGGAUUCAUUCAGUCCAGCAGAAGCAAACUUCGAAGAAGUCCCAACCUCAGUAACCAGCAUGGAGCUUCAGAAGAUGAACGGGCACAGCAGAGACGAUGGGUUUGACGGUCUGGAUGGCUUGGCUGAACACGACGAGUUUCUCCCACACAAAGCGGGCGUCAAGAAGGAACACCAAUUUACAGAUUUCGAGGGAAAGACUUCUUUUGGCAUGUCCAUCUUUAACCUCAGUAACGCCAUUAUGGGCAGCGGGAUUCUGGGAUUGGCUUAUGCGAUGUCCAACACUGGAAUUAUUCUUUUUCUGUGCCUGCUGGUGUCCAUUGCCAUUCUGUCUUCAUAUUCAAUUCAUCUCCUGUUGAAAAGUGCUGGAGUUGUUGGUAUCCGUGCUUAUGAGCAGCUUGGAAAUCGAGCUUUUGGCAUCCCUGGAAAAGUUACAGCAGCAUGCAUCAUUACAAUACACAACAUUGGAGCGAUGUCCACCUACCUAUUCAUCGUCAAGUCUGAGCUCCCUUUGGUUAUUCAAGCCCUCCUUGGUCAAUCCGGAAACACAGGAGAGUGGUUCAUGAAUGGAAACUACUUGAUCAUAAUAGUUAGUGCUGCCAUCAUCCUUCCUCUAGCACUCAUGAAACAACUUGGUUACCUGGGCUACACGAGUGGCUUCUCCCUCUCCUGCAUGGUGUUUUUCCUCAUCUCGGUUAUCUACAAGAAAUUCAACAUCCCGUGUCCCCUGGUUGAUGAACAUCAUCCCAACAAGACAAGUGCUUUUGUAAACGACCACAUAAAUGUGACAGAUGACUUCUGCGAGCCCAAACUAUUUACCAUUAACUCACAGACAGCGUACACCAUCCCCAUUCUGGCCUUUGCUUUCGUCUGCCACCCAGAGGUGCUGCCGAUCUACACCGAGCUACGAGACGCCACCAAGAAACGGAUGCAGAACGUCGCUAACAUCUCCAUCCUUGCCAUGUUCCUCAUGUACCUGCUGACGGCUCUUUUUGGUUACCUCACUUUUUUUGGUUCUGUGGAGUCAGAGCUGUUACACACCUACAGUCAGGUGGACGCCCUCGAUGUCCUGAUGCUCUGCGUCCGUCUGGCCGUGUUGGUGGCUGUCAUUCUGACCGUCCCCGUCGUUCUUUUCCCGAUCCGCAGGGCUUUGCUGCAGAUCCUCUUCCCUGAAAAGCCUUUCAGCUGGCCGGUGCACAUCGGCAUUGCAUUUUGUCUCCUGUUUGUGGUCAACCUGCUGGUUAUCUUCGUGCCCUCCAUUCGCGACAUCUUUGGACUCAUUGGAGCCACAUCUGCUCCCAGCCUCAUCUUCAUACUGCCAGGAAUCUUCUACAUCCGUAUCAUUCCUGAAGAGCAGGAGCCUUUAAUGUCCAGACCCAAGAUUCAGGCCGCAGUCUUUGCUGCUCUCGGAGUCGUCUUCAUGGUCAUGAGUUUGUCGUUUAUCAUCAUCGACUGGGUGUCCGGGGGGACUAAUAGCGGAGGUGGCCACUAACCGUCUCAACGGUGAAACCAAACGAACACAAUGCCAUCCAAAACUCUCCCUGUUAUUUAACUCCCCCCCCCACUUCUCUGUUUCAAAGCCAAACCGAAAAAAAAAGGUUUGGCUGAACAACACGAAGGAUAUGUGAAGUUUUCCUACAACAGAAAAAAUUAUAAUGGAGAAGGUAAAUGACAAUGCAAACCAAAGUGUUCUGACUGAAUAAAAACUGCUUCUCCGUAAGGAUGUUUUGGAAGCAAGUGUAGAAAUGCAAAAGACAACCAAAGGAUGAAUGGGAACAGCAUGACUCAAAUGGAAAUCCAAUUUUAGGGUAUGGGUGUAGCUUGGAAUAGCUCAGUCACUGCCAAAAUCCUUUCAACACACUUCCCCACACAGUGUGUCAAUUUCUUUUCCGGAUGUUUGCAUAUACAAACAUUUCAGUUGUCCAUCCAUCAGUUGCUGGUUUCCUUUUACAUUUAGGACUGUAAAAAAUACUGUUCCAAAUUACCCCUAACUUUUACAAAAAAUCAGCAAAAUAUGAGCAGUGAGGGUGGGGCCACACUUACCAUUCCACUCUUACCUAGAUGAGAUAUGCAGUAUAAUGAGUUGUACAUGGAGUUUAAAAUGUUUCUAAUGUGCUGUUUUUAAUCUAUACUGACACGCAACAUGACUGCUGUAGAAGUGAGCAUCUCCCAAACUGAGCCUGAGGUGGUCUUUUAAUAAAUUAUACAACAGAAAUGGUACAAUUUGUGAUGUUCAGCUGCUAUCAAUGAAGUUAAAACACACCAUUUCAGACUAUCACACGUGAAUCAACAGAGGUGGUUUGUACAGUUUUUAAUGUAUUCCGGAAAAAAAGAAAGAUCCAGAGAUUAUACUUUUGUGUCAUUUUGAAAGAGGGUGUAUCACACUUUUUAAAAUAUAAGUUUGGGGAGAAAAAAGCCAUUUAAACGUGUGUAUGAAAUAUUGUCAGUGUUAAGUGUGUUUUAGCCGCCCCACAGACUGUUCAGUAUGGUGAAUAAUGACCUAUGGGUGUUUUUAAAGAAUUGACAUAUAAAUAUAUUUUGACUUUGUUAUUCAUCCUGUACAUUUUUAAAUUAAUUUGAAUGUUGAUAUCUUUCAAUAAAAUAUGUGUCUCAUUUGUACAAA